AUGAAGCUCCACGUGAGCGACACUACGUGCUGGUUCGGCCUCGCGCAGACGGAGGAGGGGUGUGUGCGCACGCUGGCGUCGUACGACGAGGAGGCCUACCUGCACGUGCAGAUCGUCUACUGCGCGCUGGGGGUUCUGAGCGUGAUCGCAAGCGCCAUCAUGUACUGCCGAGCAGUCAAGUACAUAGGCUCCGCGCUGCAGCACUACUGCUUCCUGCUGUGCACCUACGCCUCCGUGACGGUUGUCGUCCGCGCGGCUGACCCGGGCAGCUAUGGCAACAUUCUGCCGCGACCGAUCACGAGCUUCCUCUCCGACUCGUGCACAGCGGCGCUGUAUUCCGUGUAUAUAUUGGCGCUUGGUUACUGGGCUCUGAUCAUCCAAAAGGGCUCUGCUGUCGUCGAGAAGCCGACGAAACUGCGGUGUCUAGAGAUCUCAGCGAUUGCCUUCGUGUGGAUAUUCUACACGGCCUACAGCAUGGCUCUCUUCGCGUCCAAAGGGUUUCAGCCCGUGUGGAUGCUCUACAUGCAACUGGUUGUCAGCGCGUGCAUUCUCGGGGCGAUCAGCACGACGUUCCUCGUGUACGGACUUCGCGUGCUGUCGCGGCUUCAGAUGUACGAGCGCGAGGCGAAGCUGCGGAUGUCCAGCGCCCUAUGCGAGCGCAUGAUGCCCAACGAGUCGUUCACUUUGGCCUGCAACAGUGACGACGGCGGCAUCCCCAUUAUCCCCGAGCCACGAUACGCUCGACGCCAGCCCCAGGAAGGACACGCGACCAAGAUCAAGAAGAUCUUGUUUAUCGCAGAAUCGGUAUCGCUCGUUGUGAUGGUUGGCCAGCUCUACAUGGCGGUAUCUCGUGCUGCCACCACGCCGGUGGAAUUCUCCUGCGCGAAUGGGAAACUGUGCAAUAUGGUCAAGUCGAGUGUCAAUGUGCUGCACCUGUUCCAGUGCGUCUGUGUCUGGGUGUUGCUGUGGACGUUCAGGAGGAUAAAGAAGAAGAACGUCGUCCCGCAACCGAUUGUAUAA